AUGUCAAGCGCCCUCUUUCUAUGGCAUCGUAGUUCGAUUAAUCCCACUAUGGAUUCAAUGUUCUCUGUUACACCCGCAUUUUUGUUAUUACUCACUCCCUUGAACGUGUGCAUCUUGAUCACGAUACCUAUCGAUUACUGUUUUUUACCUUUGACGAAGAGCGGAGUGUCGAAUUUAGCAUUGGCUGUUUGGGGCUUCCAUCUUGCUACGAAAUCUCUCGAGUGGGGUAUCACCAACGGAUACUGGGCUGGAAAAUAUUGGAAUAAACCUACUUCGGACUCCUCACCGACGCCUACACCAUCAGCACCAGGCGCGUCUACGGAAGCGAACAGUUGGACUGAAAUCGCUUCAUGGACCACGCGACAAUUUUUUUCCUACCGAGGCUACCAGUAUGGUUGGGGAAUAAAACUUCAGCACAAGGUUCCAACCGUGUUUGACUUGAUUCAAAGGUUGAUUGUUGACAACUGCGUGCGAGCCAUUUCAAUCGCAUUUAUAAUGACGGCACGAGACAAAGGCUCUCCCAAUCAAGUUUUGGCUAUCAUUGGCUUACCAGACUUUCCUUUGCGAUCAUUACUGGCUGAAGGUUUAUCAACACUGUCUUUUGGAUUUCUCUUGAUAUGCGGUGUAGAGGCCCUAUUCUGCCGGUACGGCUUGAUCUGCCACCUAGUUCAUUGGAUUGGAGGCUUUGUGCAAAUACCUAAAUUGAUCUUGGACUUGUGCGAUCCGAGCCGUUUUCAACACGCCUUUAACUCUCCUCACACGUCCACUUCCCUGAGCUGGUUCUGGGGAAAGGCAUGGCAUCAAUUCUUUAGAAGAGACUUCUUGAUGUGCGGUGGUGUCCCUGCAAGCGCUCUGGCCAAAAAGCUUGGUGGUGGAUUGAAGGUUCAAAGGAUCUGCGGACUUUUUGGUUGCUUUUUUAUUAGCGGUGUAAUGCAUGAAUUCACUGCACAUGCCAUUGCACGCAAGCCACAUCCUUUCCCUCACUUCUACUUUAAGGAGUUUCCGGCUGCAUUCGUAUAUUUCCUUGUACAACCAAUAGGGAUCAUCUUGGAACCAUACAUCAUCCCCCACAUACCUCGCAAACUCGGAGGAGGAUGGCUUUGGGUUCUGAUAUUCACUCUUUUGACUGCCACACCUUUUUCGAAACAAUAUGCCUACAACUUCAGGCUGAUUGACGAUGGGUACAAACCUGUGGACGAAUGGAAUGUUGCAACUGUCUUACUGGGAAGUUUCCAAAAGCGUUGA